CGUCGCUAGGGAAGUGAGGUCACGCGGGAUGGUGGCGGGGCGCCGCAGGGGCUGAGGGGCCGAUCGCAUCGGGAAUCCGUGUCCAUCUUGCUCGGGAGCUGCGGCGACCGUCUUGCCUGUCUCCUUAGUAUCGAGCGGCGAGACCAAAGCCGCGAUGGCAUCCGAAACCGCAGGACUGUGAGGCAUCAGAACGAGAGCCAGCAGGCCGGGCAGAGCAACAGAACGGUGUCGUGAACGACCCGAGCUGCCGCCAUGGAGCUGAGAGUUGGGAACCGGUACCGGCUGGGCCGGAAGAUCGGGAGCGGCUCUUUCGGGGAUAUCUACUUGGGAACUGAUAUUGCUGCCGGAGAGGAGGUUGCAAUAAAAUUGGAAUGCGUGAAAACCAAACAUCCUCAGCUCCACAUCGAGAGUAAAAUCUACAAAAUGAUGCAGGGUGGAGUGGGUAUUCCCACAAUUAAGUGGUGUGGAGCUGAAGGGGACUACAAUGUUAUGGUGAUGGAAUUGUUGGGACCGAGUCUUGAAGAUCUCUUCAAUUUUUGUUCAAGGAAAUUUAGUCUCAAGACAGUCCUAUUACUUGCUGACCAAAUGAUAAGUCGAAUUGAGUAUAUUCACUCUAAGAACUUCAUCCACCGAGAUGUGAAACCAGAUAACUUCUUAAUGGGCCUGGGGAAAAAAGGCAAUCUUGUCUACAUAAUAGACUUUGGACUCGCAAAGAAGUAUCGAGAUGCUCGAACUCACCAACAUAUUCCAUAUCGUGAAAAUAAAAACUUAACGGGAACUGCCCGUUAUGCAUCCAUCAACACUCAUCUUGGAAUUGAGCAAUCUCGCAGAGAUGACUUGGAGUCCUUGGGCUAUGUACUGAUGUAUUUUAACCUGGGCUCCCUCCCCUGGCAGGGACUGAAAGCAGCAACAAAGAGGCAGAAAUAUGAACGUAUCAGUGAAAAGAAAAUGUCUACACCCAUUGAGGUUUUGUGUAAAGGAUAUCCUUCUGAAUUUGCCACAUACUUGAAUUUCUGCCGCUCUUUGCGUUUUGAUGACAAGCCGGACUAUUCCUAUCUAAGGCAAUUAUUCAGAAACCUUUUUCAUCGGCAAGGAUUCUCAUAUGACUAUGUAUUUGACUGGAACAUGCUGAAAUUUGGUGCAGGCAGAGCAGCUGAAGAUGCUGAACGUGAAAGGCGGGAACGAGAGGAAAGACUAAGACAUACACGAAAUCCAGCUGUACGUGGAUUACCCUCCACUGCUUCUGGCAGGUUAAGAGGAACGCAAGAUGUAGCUCCUCCUACUCCCCUUACCCCAACUUCACAUGCUGCCAACACCUCUCCUCGGCCAGUAUCCGGUAUGGAACGAGAAAGGAAAGUGAGUAUGAGAUUGCAUCGUGGUGCCCCAGUCAAUAUCUCCUCAUCUGAUUUAACAGGCCGACAAGAUACCUCUCGCAUGUCAACUUCGCAGAAUAGCAUUCCUUUCGAACACCAUGGCAAGUAGCUGCUCGUCUCCUUUCGUUGGAAGGCAGCACUGGAUUCCUGCUCGGGUUACUCCCAGUGUUCUUCAGUCCACUGUGCACCGAUGAAAAUUAUUUUGCCAUGGAGGGCAGAUAAUGCAUGGCUGAUCUUCCAUGUUAUUAAUGGCUUUACUAGCAAAUAUACCCUAAACUAGAGUGGAAAUUGGAGUUCUCCAUGUGACCUAAAAGGCUCUUGGAGGAACAUGCAGAGACUCCAGCAGCUGCCAUUACAGGACGCUUUUGCCAGAAACCCAAUGACCUUAAGAGAACCCUGUGGUAACAGGGCUGGAAAAGAAAGAUGGUUUACAGAGUUGACCGCCUAUUACUGGAUGGCCAUUUCAGUUUUCCCUCCACAGGCGGCAGACUUUACUCCCUUUUUAUUAUUCUACUGUAACUAUAAAUCUUUUACUUGGUUUAUGAAAAUUUUUUGUAUCAUUUUGCUAAAAUUAUUGGCUUACUUCUCUGUAAAGAACUCUUGCUUUUGUCUGAUUUAAAAAUGUAGAGUAUAAACAAUCCUGAACUAAAGACUUGAAAUUUCUUGUUUGAAAUUUCUGUCUGCCAGGGAACAUGUAAAUGAUUCAAAACCAUCUACUGCUAUUUAAAUUGUGUACUUUCAUGUAUUGUCCUAUUCUGAAUUGGUUUUCUCAUGAAGUUUUUAAAACUGUUAGAAGUUUAUUUUACAGUUUGCUGUCUUCAUUCACACUGGACAUGUAACUUUCUGUGUAGCACAAAUGAAUUUUUUAAUACUCAUGUUUCAUAGAAGAGGAUAACCAAAUACUCUGCAGGAGAGUCUUAAGUAUAGUAGAGAUUGUAAUGAUGAAUUUCUUUUUUGUAAAGAAGAUUAAGAACAAAGUAAAAGACUGACGUUUGAGGGAUUUAGAAUUAGAGAGUUUGUUUGUCUCUCUGCCUAGUUUGGGUGAAUGGAUACUUUCAAACACUUUUUACUCAGAAAAUUUUGUUUCCUCUUCUCUGAGGCUGGUUAGCUUGGAGACUAUUACAAGUGCAAAACAGACAUUGCUGCUGAAUCUUCAGUGAAUUUGCAUGUUUCAUUCAGUAUCCACAUGUUUAUAAACAAAUACAUUUAUUUAGGCCUUCUAUUACAUGCCAAGACUCAAAAAAGGAAUUCUUAUACAAAACAAAGAAAACAUAAACAACACCCCCAUAAACCUAGUAAUGUAUUCUUGCCAUAAAAUCCUGAUAAUUUUUACAAUUCAGAUGCAUAUCAUAUUUAAUUCUUAAGUAUAUUUAACCUGAGAAUGCCCAGAGUAAUUAUCUAGGCGUUAAUGACUCAACAUGCUCAGGUUGUUGAAGGUGUUGUUGGCUCCUGUUGGUUAUGAAAUAUGGGAAAUUCUUCAUACUGUCUGUUGCUAUAAAUGGUCUCGUAAAACUACGCGUUCUGUCCUUGCUGUACUUGGAACAGUACCAGAACUCUUAUGACUGAAAUUAUGGGAAGUUCUAUGCUGGAUAGUAUGUGCAGAGAUUUUGUUUGAACAGUUAGGUAUUUUGAGAAAUUGAGACUAUUUUUAAAGUGGUAUUGGUCUUCAGAUUUUAAUGAAAAAUCGUUUUUAUUUUUGGGGUGUUUACAAUUUCUUUUUUGCUCCUCUCAAAAGUCCAUGUACCAAAUAUUAUUAUUCUUCUCUGGAUGCUUUCAUAACAUUAGCUAUUUGCUUGUGUGUACUCUGGGUCAGACUGGGGGAAAUGUGUGUUUGGGGAGAGUAUAGUGGAAAAGCUCGAGAAUUUGAUUGAUUGGUUAGUUUGCAUAAGAGAAUUAUUUCCUCAGUUACUAUAAACUUUGGUAUUUUAGGCAUGUGCACUACCAUUUGAGCACUUUUAUACUUCACUGUGCUUUCCUUGUAAAUAUCUGUGGUUAAUACUGUAAUGUUUGAGGGACUUAAAAACAGCCUCUUUAUUUCCUAUGUAUCUGGACCAUUAGAUUGCUGUACUAUACUUAAAAGUUGACUGCAGACUUCUAGAAUUGUACUCACUUGGGGGCAGUUUUUGUCCUCAUAAUAGUUAAAUUCCAUCAUGCAGAAAAUAGUUAGACUGUCUGUAUAAACCUGUGUAUAAGCCAGUAUCUCAAAGCACUUCGUAUGUACUACCACUGUAUUUGUGUACUUUAACAGUUGUGUAAAUAUAUUCAUAAUAACUUCUGUUCUUCUUGGUGUAACUUACUGACUUGCAAUGAAUCUUUACCAUUUACC